UUUUUUUUUUAUAAUUAUGAAUAAACAAAACGUUCACAUGCACAGCAUCCAAGAAAAGUUUCACAGAUUCUCCUCUGCUUAUUAUUUAAUGCAGGUGUAUUCAUUCUACUUCCAAUUCUUGGUGGUGGCAAUAGCAAGAGGGUUCCCAUUAAUGUAAAGCACAAAUAAAGUUUCUAUCAGUGCCCACAUACUGCAAAAAGGGUUGCUUUAUUUGUGAACUUCACUUCUAGUGGUACUUGGGAAAAGAAAGAGUCUUUAAGCUUGGAAAUUGCCAAUGGAACAAAUGGGUAGUUUUUUUUUGGUGAAAAAAGAGUAGCUUUGUUGUGAUUUUGCUAAAAUGGGAGCUUAUAGGAUGUGGGUUGAGCUCAAAAUGGAAAAAGAUUUCACCUUUAAGUUGUUUGUAGUGCUAUUGUUGGGGGUAUUUGUGACUUGUGGGUUUUGUCUGGAUGAUGCAGAUUCAGAUGCUGUUGUGUAUAUUGUUACUCUGAAACAGGCUCCUGUUUCUCAUUUAUAUGGUGAGGAGUUUAGAGUGAAGGGUCACCAUCACCACAAUUCCAAGAAUCAUGGUUCAGGAAAUGUUAGUAGGCUGGAUAAACCAAGCCAUAUUUCACACAAACAUGCCCACAAUGCUUCCUCCACAUCAAGGAUGCACAAUUCUUUAUUGAGGAAGGUAUUGAGAGGAGAAAAGUAUUUGAAACUUUACAGCUACCACUACUUGAUCAAUGGAUUUGCUGUGCUUGUUACUCCCCAGCAGGCUUUCAAGCUUGCAAAUAGGAGAGAAGUGGCGAAUGUGGCUUUGGAUUUCUCAGUCAGAACUGCAACCACACAUACACCACAGUUCCUAGGUCUUCCUCUUGGGGCAUGGGCUCAAGAGGGUGGAUAUGAAACUGCUGGGGAAGGCAUUGUGAUUGGUUUCAUCGACACUGGAAUUGAUCCAACGCACCCCAGCUUCUCUGAUAAUACACCUGAGAGGCAUUAUCCUGUUCCACAGCAUUUUUCAGGCAUUUGUGAGGUCACUCGGGAUUUCCCAUCUGGAUCCUGCAACAGGAAGCUUGUUGGUGCCCGCCAUUUUGCAGCCUCUGCUAUAACCAGGGGGAUAUUUAACACUUCUCAGGACUAUGCUUCUCCUUUUGACGGUGAUGGUCAUGGGACACAUACAGCUUCAGUUGCAGCAGGGAACCAUGGGAUCUCUGUUGUUGUAGCUGGACAUCACUUUGGAGAUGCUAGUGGAAUGGCUCCUCGUGCACACGUUGCAGUUUAUAAGGCAUUAUACAAGAGCUUUGGUGGCUUUGCUGCAGAUGUUGUUGCUGCUAUAGAUCAGGCAGCUCAGGAUGGUGUGGACAUUAUCAAUUUAUCAAUCACUCCAAACAGGCGUCCUCCUGGUGUUGCGACUUUCUUUAAUCCUAUAGAUAUGGCCUUGCUAUCAGCAGUUAAGGCUGGCAUCUUUGUAGUACAAGCAGCAGGCAAUACUGGACCUUCACCUAAAAGUGUUUCUUCCUUCAGUCCAUGGAUCUUCACUGUUGGUGCUUCAACCCACGACAGGGUGUAUAGUAACUCUAUAGUGCUGGGAAAUAAUAUCACAAUACCUGGAGUUGGACUUGCACCUGGAACAGAUAGCAUGUACACUCUAGUUAUGGCAAGUCAUGCUUUGAAUGACACAGCUGCUAGUGAUAUGUAUGUGGGUGAAUGCCAAGAUGCCAGUAGUUUCAAUCAGACUCUUGUUCAAGGGAAUCUGUUAGUUUGCAGCUACUCUGUCCGCUUUGUGCUUGGACUUUCUACCAUCAAACAGGCCCUGGAAACUGCGAAGAACCUUAGUGCAGCUGGAGUUGUGUUCUGCAUGGAUCCCUUUGUCAUUGGUUUUCAAAUCAAUCCGACUCCAAUGAGAUUGCCUGGCAUCAUAAUUCCAUCUGCAAAUGAUUCUAAGAUCUUACUUCAGUACUACAAUUCUUCACUGGACCAAGAUGAAGUUACUAAGAAAAUCACAAGGUUUGGGGCAGUUGCAAGCAUUUCAGGGGGUCUUAAAGCAAAUUUCAGCUUAUCUGCUCCAAAUGUUAUGUUUUAUUCUGCUCGGGGACCAGAUCCAGAAGAUAGUUUUCUUGAUGAUGCAGACAUACUGAAACCGAACCUAGUUGCCCCAGGAAAUCUUAUAUGGGCAGCUUGGAGUUCUGGUGGCAUGGACUCGGUUGAGUUUGAAGGUGAAGAUUUUGCAAUGAUGUCUGGAACCAGCAUGGCUGCCCCUCAUGUUGCUGGUCUGGCAGCACUGAUUAAGCAGAAAUUUCCUAAUCUUAGUACUGCUGCUAUUGGAUCUGCACUUUCUACCACGGCUUCUCUAUCUGACAAAUAUGGUGGUCCCAUAUUGGCUCAGCGUUCAUAUGCUAAUCCAGAUUCAAACCAGUCUCCUGCGACACCUUUUGACAUGGGAAGUGGAUUUGUGAAUGCUACUGCAGCACUGGAUCCGGGUCUUAUUUUUGAUACAGGCUAUAGCGACUACAUGUCAUUCCUCUGUGGCAUAAAUGGUUCGGCACCUAUGGUACGGAAUUACACUGGUGAGAGCUGUGGAGCAUCUACAAUGAGUGGAACUGAUCUGAACUUACCUUCAAUCACGAUAUCGAAACUGAAUCAAUCCAGAACAGUUCAAAGAACAUUGAUAAACAUUGCUGCCAAUGAAACAUAUGUUGUUGGUUGGAGUGCGCCUUAUGGUGCUUCUAUAAAGGUCACACCAGCACGCUUUUUUAUUGCGUGUGGGCAGCAACAAGUCUUGAAUGUUGACUUUAAUGCUACUAUGAACAACUCUUCACCAAGCUUUGGAAGAAUUGGACUAUUUGGAAACCAGGGUCAUGUUAUAAAUAUUCCUUUGUCAGUCAUAGUAAAAAUUUCAUACAACACAACUAAUAGCUGAUUCAGCUGAUAACCAACCCUUCC